AUGCAGUCCGGCAGCCAACCAGCUGCCCAAUCACAGACCCAGCCUCCACCUCCACCACCAGGCUCCUCCCAUUCGUCGACUCAGACUUCGCCACGGCAGUUGCCGGUUACUGUCACCGACCUUAGCACUGCACAUGCUCUCACGAAACUAGUGAGCGACAUUACUGGUUCCAACUACCGAGAAUUUGUGAGGAUUCUAAAUAUCGUCUACAAGGCUAACGGACUCCAGACCAUCAUCGUACCUGACGAAGUCUUCCCCACCUCUGCCUCAGCUUCCACUUCAGUAACUGAGCCGGAAAUCACUGUAAACGCUGCCGCACUUGUUGACCUACUGUAUGCCACUGUUCCACCCACCACUCCAGUUGCUGCUGACCCUACACCAGACCCAGUACAGGCUGUUAGUCUCUCCACACAAGACAACGACCCUCCUGCUCCUGUUUAUGCGUCUUACAAUUGCCCUAGAGACCUGAAAUAUACUAUUUCUCAGAAACGUGUCACAGCUCGGGAGUGGAACAUCGACUACGAAAACGGACUGAACGAUGACGGAACCCGCAGAGAGUUUUGGUACGUUGAGGCUGACACAGUUCGUUACUGCACUGAUGUUACCAUGCUCCACCCUGCCAUUAUUGACCCUCAAUACUACGGGAAAUAUCCGAAACACGCCGCUAUGAUAAAGAAAGAAAUUCAAGAACGAACGGGCAAUGAACCUUCAACCCAGCAGAGUCAACCAACACCUCUUCAUACCAAACCUUCAGGGACCACUGUGCUAGUCCCCGACCCUUCAAACCCAUUGUCGGAUGAUGCUCCAGCUCCUGGUCCAGCCUCGGACAUUGCUGUGAACGAUACUGAACCUACUGCAGCUGCAACAUCUGCUCCUGGCAUGGUAGCAACCCAGAAGCCGACGACUUCUCAUCCACCAUCUCCUGUUACAUCUCCACCCACAGUACAUACAUCCACUGAACCUUCUACAUCUGCAGUAAGUCCUACCGCUGCUACUAAACCAUCAGGAACACUACUUCCAAGACCCACAUCUCCUGGUAUGUACUCAUCUGACUCAUCAGAUGAGGAUGUCUCUGUGGGAACGACAUCUCCACCUUCACAGAAAUACAACUAUUCAUCUGCCGAUUUUCUUUGUGACGCUAUUGAUCCCACAGCAAUGUCAACACGAAGUCGGACCGCCAAGAAAGACAAGCCGAAAACAAAGACCAAAGAUCAGACCGUGCUCCCACCAUCAAGAAAGAAGUAA